AAUGCCACUGCCGGCUGGGAGAGGUUUCUUCAGCCUCCUGCGUGCGUCCUCGCUGGCUUUGCAGGGAUGCGCGAGUGAGCCGCGUUUCCCGAUCCCACUUCCCUCUCCAUCCCUCCACUCCUAGCUUUCGCGGGCGUUUAUUGACGUAGAGACCCGCUCUUCUGCGCCUGGGAAGCUCUAAGCCCGGGAGAUAGUCUUCGACCAUCACUAUGACUAUCACCAUCAUCGUUAUUAUUAGCUGAAAAGGAUUAAACCAACCAACCAACCAAAAAACCCCAACAAAACCCACUUUGGCAAGAGCAGGUAAAGAAGACCCCAAGCCCUGCUGGAGAAGAUAUGUGUGACUAUCUACAAAUGGCUUUUUCUGGGAGGGGUGAACUGGGGGGAAAUAUGCAGGCUGUGACUGCAAAGUAGCAAGGAUCUAAGUUCCCUGCAGCCCAGGAUGGGGGUCUUUGGGCAGGGCGAGGUCCCCCCUCUCCUCUGGCUGCUGCUUUUCAGCCUGGCUGUGGUGUUCUCCAAAGUGACGGAGAGCAGAGGGAUCUUGGAGAGCAUCCAGAGAUUUUCCUUGCUGCCGACGUACCUGCCCGUUAGCUACCGCAUCCACAAUGCGGACGUCUCCUUCUUCCUCAAAGAAGCCAACCAGGAUAUUAUGAGGAACUCUAGCCUGCAGUCACGAGUGGAGUCCUUCCUAGUCUAUAAAUCCAAGAGGCCUCCCAUCCUGAAUGCCACCUAUGGGCCCUUUUCAAUUGAGCAAGUGGUUCCCCAGGACUUUCUGUCCCCUUCCAACCCCUUUGGGUCAAUGGCCCCCAAGUUCUCCUUCAACUGGAAGCUGAAGGCAUACAUCAUGAACACCAAGAUCUACCCCAACAGGCCCAAAGUCCAGAUUCUCUUCUAUAUUGUCGGGAGAGACUGGGAUGAUUACAGUGUUGCUGAGAGGUUGCCUUGCUUGAGGGUCUUUGCUUUCCGAGAGACGAGGGAAGUCCGAGGCAGCUGUCGGCUGAAGGGGGAUCUGGGAUUGUGCGUGGCCGAACUGGAUCUCCUUCCCAGCUGGUUUAACCCACCCACGGUGGUUGCUGGCCGUAAGAAACUGCUGAACCAAUCAGAAGGCAGUCCAGUGGAACUUUACUAUGCCAUCCAGCCGGGGGAUGAGAAGGAGGAUUGCACCAAGGAGGACCCAAGGAAAAACAAUGGGAUCAGACCUGGACGCAAUGAUAUUGAUGAAUCGGGGCCACCCUUGCAGAGGAUUGGUAGCGUUUUCCUUUACCAGACACGGGGCAGCCCUUCCUUGCGGGAAAUGAACUUGGAUAGUAACAUUGCUAUCCAGUAUAUACCAAAGACUGUCAAGCAAGGGGAUGUUCUGACCUUCGUGGUGUCCAUCGCAAAAAACUCAACAGAGGACCAGUUCACAUUGAGGGCAACAGUGAAGAAAGGUGUGAACGUUUUCAGCAUCAGAGCCAGCAAUCCAUACAUCUGGGAUGUCCAAAAGAGUGUGAAUUAUCUUGGGAAAUAUACACCAGCGGUUAUAUACUGUCGAAGGAAAUCUCCUCCUGGAAAGAGUGCGGAUGCUCCCCCUUCUGAGAUCAUGCAGAUCGAUUUUGAAAUAGAAGAUCUGAGUGAAUUGCCAGGGACCCAGCUGAUUACGUGGCAAGUUGAAUAUCCCGGAGAAAGAACAUCUGAUUUGGGUGUCUCCGCAUUCUUGGCAAGCCAGAAGGAUCUGGUUGGUGUUCUUCCAUUGGCCAUGGAAGCCGAGAUCCUGAAUACCGCCAUCCUCACUGGGAAGACUGUAGCCGUUCCUAUUAAGGUCAUCUCAGUGGAAGAUGAUGGAACCAUCACUGACCUUCUAGAAUCUGUGGAGUGCCGGUCCUCUGAUGAAGAUGUGAUUAAGGUCUCCGAGAGAUGCGACUACGUCUUUGUCAAUGGGAAGGAAAUGAAAGGCAAAAUGAAUGUUGUCAUUCAUUUCACGUACCACCAUUUGAGUGCCCUGUUGGAAAUGACCGUGUGGGUGCCCCGUCUCCCUCUGCAGAUUGAGGUCUCUGACACAGAGCUAAAUCAGAUCAAGGGGUGGCGAAUUCCCAUCGUCUCCAAUAAGAGACCAGCUCGAGACAGCGACGAUGAAGACGAGGAGGAGAGGAAGGGGAAAGGGUGCACUCUCCAGUACCAGCACGCCAUGGUACGGGUCCUCACGCAGUUUGUAGCUGAGGCCUUGGACCCUGGCAGCCAGACGGCAUAUCUCCUGGGCUCAGAUUGGCAAGUGGACAUCACCGAGCUGGUGAGCGACUUCAUCCAAGUGGAAGAGCCAAGAAUCGCCAAGCUGCAAGACGGACAGGUGUUGGUUGGACAGGAACUAGGAAUGACGACCCUUCAGAUUCUGUCUCCUCUUUCUGAUGCCAUCUUGGCUGAGAAGACCGUGACCGUUCUGGAUGAGAAGGUGACUAUUACUGAUCUGGGAGUCCAACUGGUGACGGGGCUUUCACUCUCCUUGCAGCUCAGCCCAGGAAGCAACAAAGCCAUCUUUGCCACCGCAGUAGCGCAGGAAAUUCUCCAGACACCAAAACAGGAAGCAGCAAUCAGUUGCUGGAUCCAGUUCAGCGAUGGGGCAGUCAUGCCCUUGGACAUUUAUGACAUCAAGGAUUUCUCCCUGGUGACCACAUCUCUGGAUGAGAAAGUGGUCUCUGUUCGCCACAGUCCCAAAUUUAAAUGGCCCCUCAUUGUUGCUGAGUCGGAAGGCCAGGGACCACUCGUGAGGGUGGAGAUGGUGAUUAGUGAAUCGUGCCAGAAGUCCAAAAGGAAGAGUGUUAUGGCUGUUGGGACUGGGAAUAUCAAGGUCAAGUUUGGGCAGAAUGACGCGAACCCAAACACCAGUGACAGCAAGCAUGGUGGGGCCGGUGUGCACUUGGAGAACCACACCAGUGGCAGACGUCAGAAAACAACUCUUCAGGACAGAUCUCGGCAAGAUGGGCCCUAUUAUAGCUCGUCAAUGGGCCAAGAGGAAACCAGAGGGGCCACCACCCAGAAGUCCAUUCUGAGCAGGAAAGAGGACCAAGAGAGCCUUCUGGAUGAUGACAGCCAUAUGCAGAACAUCCCGAUAGACAUCACCAGUUUCCCAGCACAAGUGGACCUGCCGAGAAGCAAUGGAGAUUUAGAAGGGAAUGACCUUGUGGAGACACCCAGGGGCCUAAGCGACUUGGAGAUUGGAAUGUAUGCUUUGUUGGGAGUCUUCUGCUUGGCCAUUCUGGUCUUCCUCAUCAACUGUGUCACCUUUGCCUUGAAGUACAGGCACAAGCAGGCUCCCUUCGAAGAGCAAGAGGGCUUGAGCCAUUCUCAUGACUGGGUAGGGAUGAGUAAUAGGACAGAACUGCUGGAGAACCACCUCAACUUCUCCACCCAGCAGGAGGAGUGCAUUACAGCUAUUGACCGAGGGGUAGAUUUGGAGGAAAGCAAAUAUCUCCUUAAUGCCAAUACCCAGAAGAACCUCAAUGGUCAAGUCUUCCGGUCCUCAGACUCUGCUGCCUUUCCUGAAGGGAAGGAGCUGAAGAGCGAACCAACGGCCUCACCAACCUCUAAGCGGAAACGAGUGAAGUUCACCACUUUCACUACCAUCUCAUCAGACGAUGGAUGCCCCACGGUCAACUCCAUCUUGACCAGCAGUGAGGAUGAUAUCAAAUGGGUUUGCCAGGACAUGGACCUGGGGGAGUGUAAGGAACUAAGAAACUAUAUGGAAAGGUUACAUGAAAAUGCAUAAUGAUACACCAGAGACUGUUUGGGUUGAUUUCUUCUUUUUCCACUCACCUUUCUGCCUUUAAUUUGGGGUAUUGGGGCAAAAGAAACCAACAUUGAACAAUCAAAAUGGCAGCUGGUUUGGUUUACAAUGGAACUUUGACAAAGAGCUGGAAUCCGAUCGUAGUCCUGAACAGCACUUCUUGUCUCUGUGCUUCUUAGGGAAGAUGUUUGGGAAAUAUUCUGAUGCAAGGCAAAUGACAUGGGGGAAAUAAAAAAAGAAAAAGAAAAAUAGCAAUCUAAUAAGAUCUCAUUCUUUCAGCCUGCCCAGGAAAUCAAUAAGAAAUAGCAAACUUCGACUCGAAAAUUGGAUAUUACAUAACGUAAUGCAGCCUUAAUUCUUUGUAUGGGAGGGUUGGUCAUGGUUCUCAAAGCUGGAAUGGGAUUCUCAAAACAGAACUGAUUGCCAGGAAAUGUAGGACUGACAGAAGGAAGCACUUUUUUUUACACAAAGCAUAAUUAACUGAUGGAAUUCCUGGCCAUGGGAUGUGGUGACAGCCACCAGCCUACAUGGCUUUAAGAGGGGCUUAGACAAAUUCAUAGAGGAAUGGCUACUAGUCUGGUGUCUGUGGGCCACCUCCAGCUUCAGAGGCAAGAUGCCUCUAAAUACCAGUGGCAGGGGAGCAACAACAAGAGAGAGGGCAUGUCUGUGGGCUUCUCAGAGGCAUCUGGGGGGCCACUGUGGGAAACAGGAUGAUGAACUAGAAGGGCAUUCUUGGGCCUGAUCCAACAGGGCUGUUCUUAUGUUCUUAGACUAGCAAAAGGCAAUUGGUUAGCCAAGGAGGUAAGAAAGAGAGUGGAUGGAAUUUUUCAGUUGAAGGGGUCAAUGGACCCAGGAACAUGGAGUUGCUUCGACAGAGUUGGGAAUAAGCAAAGGAAGCAGAGGAAAUAUUUUGUGUAUAAUUGUGUCUGAUGGGUGGUUAACCUACUGGGCUAUUCGCCUGCCAUUCAGGGAGGAAGGUCCCAGCUGCCAUGUGUAAUGGAAGAUGGAACGUUAAGUCAAUGCAACUGGGUGGCUCUGGCACACUUCGGUGGCAAGCCUAACUAAGCAUGCUUGCUUGGAAGGAAGGCUGGCUUGUCAGGUUGGUGAGGACGGGCAUUUGCAAGACUUAUUAGGGGCUCCUGCCUGCUGUGACUCAGCACUGCCAUCUUGGAUCACUUUUGGCACAGGGUCCAGCCUUGUCCAGUAUAUCUAGAUCUCUUAGCAAGAAAGGGUGAAUGACUGGGUCAACUGUGAUGGCACAAGGUAUUUUGAGGGUUAGGAACAUAGGAAGCUGCCUUCUACUGAGUCAGACCAUUGGUCUACCUUGCUCAGUGUUGUCUACACACACUGGCAGCGGCUUCUCUGGGUUUGCAGGCAGGAGUCUCUCUCAGCCCUAUCUUGGAGAUGCAGCCAGGGAGGGAACUUGGGAACUUCUGCAUGCAGGCAUGCAGUUGCUCUUCCCAGAGUGGCCCCAUCCCCUCAGACAUGUAGUCUCCCAUUCCAGUGCAAACCAGGGCAGACCCUGCUUAGCAAAGGGGACAAUCCAUGCUUGCUACCAUAAGACCGGCUCUUGUCUUUUAGUUCACAUACUCUACUUCUCUCCACACCUACCCCGUUGUGCCUGGUGCUUCCUUCUCCUUACCUGGAACAAUCAGGGGAGCCCUCCUAGGCAAAAAAUUUAGAGCCAGUCCUGCCUGGAAGUCAGUCCCAUUGAAAUGAUGCA